UCUUCCUCGUUCAAGCUCGAUAAAAAAAACCCUCGUCUCCCUCCCUCGCUUGCUCGCUUCCGGCCGAUCUCCGAUCUCCGAUGCUCUCCUCCGCCGCCGCAGCAGCCGCCGCCGCCGCCUCGCCGCCGGGCUCCGACGAAUGGUCUCCGGCGUCGCGCUGAUCGCCGGCGGCUUGCCUCGGAUCCGACGGAUCUGACCCCCCGGCUCCCGGACGCGGCCCCCCCCUUCCGUCUUAUGGCAUCAGCCCUCCUGGCCAGUCGAAUCGAGCCGUCGUGGGGUGACCGGAAGGUGUAUAUGAGGAAAUACACCGCCGCCGUAGCCGCCGAUAAUCCCCUCUUCAACCCCAAUUCGAACCCUAACCCUAACCCCCCAAACCCUAGGCACGUCCACGAUCCCGCCAAUUUGCGCUUCCGCAAGGACGACGACUUCCCGCCCGCCGUCGACAAUGACAACACCACGGCCUCGUUCGCCCCACGGUCGAGAUUCGACGUCGCCUCCGAGUACGUCACCUUCAGCCUCGGGGGCUUCUCGAGAUCGGAGCUCAAGGAGCUCAAGAGGCGCCUCGUGACGGAGCUCGAGCAGGUCCGCGUCCUCCGGUCCCGCAUCGAGAGCACCGCGGCCCUCGAGGCCCGGCCGGUCUACCAGACCUCGCAGUUCUCGGCCACCCGCCCCUCGCCGGAGGCCGUCACGGAGUCCCCGAGGCUCAAGGACAAGGCGGUCGCGCUGAAGACGCACGCCGGGAAGAAGAAUUCGGGCAUUAAGCGCGGAAACCCUUUUGCGUCGGACAAGGAUCCGAAGAGACCCGUGAGGGACCCGGUCUCCGCCGCCGUCCCAGAUAAGUUCGUCGCGAGCAUGAUGAAGCGGUGCGGCCUGAUCUUGACGAAGGUUAUGAAGCACAAGCACGGGUGGGUGUUCAACACCCCCGUCGACGCGGUCGGGUUAGGGCUUCACGAUUACCACCAGAUAAUCAAGAACCCCAUGGAUCUCGGCACCGUGAAGACGAAUCUCGAGAGGAAUUUCUACCACUCGCCGCAGGAGUUCGCGGCCGACGUGAGGCUGACCUUCAACAACGCAUUGACGUACAACCCUAAGGGGCACGACGUGCAUCACAUGGCGGAGACGCUGCUCGUGCAGUUCGACCAGAUGUUCGAUCCUGCCUUGAAGAAAUACGAGAGGGAGCGGCAGAAGGCUCUCGCCACGGCAGAGGAGCCCAAGGAGCCAAAGGAGCCAAAGGAGCCCAAGCCCAGGGUUUGGGAUGAGGAAUUGGUCCCGGAUAGCACGAGGAGGGAGCCGGAACCAAUGCUGGUGGAGAAGAAGAGAAACUCCAGCCCCAAAUUCAACCCGGCACCUGCAUUGUCGAAUCAAGAGGCGUUGGUGGCUUCUCCGCAAGCGACGCAGCCGGCAUCAGUGGGUAUGCCUGCUAUGAAGCGACCGAAGUCGGUUAAGUUGCCCAAGCCCAAGGCAAAGGAUCCGAAUAAGAGGGACAUGAGCUUUGAGGAGAAGGCGAAGUUGGGGAUUAACUUGCAGAACUUGCCCCCUGAGAAAAUGGGUCAGUUAUUGGCCAUCAUAAGGAAGAGGAACAAGCAUUUCGCACAGGAUGGAGAUGAGAUAGAGCUAGACAUCGAGGCUGUAGAUACGGAGACUCUUUGGGAGCUUGACCGGUUCGUUUGCAAUUACAAGAAGCUAGCGAGCAAGAUCAAGCGCCAGGGGCUCAUUCAUAACCAGGUCGCUGCUUCAGAGAUCACCAACAAGUCGCCGGAUAGAGAAGUGUCUGAAGCUGUCGUACCGCAUAAGGGAAGGAGGGGAGAAGCUGGUGGAGAGGAGGAUGUGGACAUUGGGGACGAGAUGCCGAUGAGUAACUAUCCUCCCGUGGAGAUUGAGCGUGAUGCGAGAUCUAACACCUCUAGCAGUUCAAGCUCGAGCAGUGAUUCCUCUUCAUCUAGCGGGUCAGAUUCUAGGAGUUCUUCGGGGAGCGAUUCCGAGGCAGACAGCGUUCAAUCGCCCUUUGUCGGUUCGAAAGGAGCCCACGGGACUUGAGGAGAGGAGAGGAGAGGACGUGUUUCUUAUUUUGGCUGCUAAUUUGUGACCCUUGAGAAGAUGGGUCGGUGUAAAGUCCCUUGGCUUCAUGGAAAGAAAGCAUCUUGGUUGGUGGGUCGUGUUGGAGUUGGAGGUGAAGAGGAAAAGGGUUUGAAGGUCGACGUAUCUGUUUGUGCCUUUUGUUUGUUGCGAUUGUGAUAUGUUUGCUGCAACUCCAAGAAGGGAGAGGGCGAGGACUGGAUAAGGGGAAUGGGCAAGGCAAGGCAAGGCAAGUCGGUGGGGAUUGUGCUUAAAGGUGGCUGGACCAGAGAGAUUAUAUCUUGCCAGAGCAAGCAAGGAAGAACCAAGAUAUUGUAGGGACACGACUGUUUAGGAUUAGGGUAAUGCAAAAUUUGAGAAGAUAGGAGUAGGUUUUUCGUUUUAGUGUAGUCGUGCGGAAAAUCCUCGAAAUGAAUCACAUGAUGAUGAUCAAAGUAGAAUGGCCCGGAAAUUUUUUUGUACCAUACCACCCCCCAAGUAAGUAAAUCCGCCACAUGGUAUUCACCGUGGUCAAGAUGAUGCAUAGCAAGAAUGGAAAAACGUGUACAGAGAGAGUGAGAGAAGGGAAGAAUCAGAAAUGUCGAGAAAAAGGGAAACAAAUUUGCUUGCUUUGCUUGCUUGUUCUAGUGCUGCUUCAUCAAAUACCCAUGUGGGGCUUAAGAGCUAUAUAUUCUUCAGAUUUCCCUUGUCCAUGUUUGAUGUGUAUCUUGUGUGAUAAGAGAAAGCCUGUUAUAUCAAAAUCUUGUCUCUUCCCUUGCUGCAA